AUGCAAAAGACAGAUUAUCAUCUGACUCGGAGACAUCUCAAGGAAAAGCGUGUCGUCCUUGCAAAGAACUCUCGUGCCGGACUACACUCUCUCGUCAAUUUCUGCAGCUAUCCUUCAUACGCCGAUCGCACGGAAAAGGUGGUAAUCGGUCUUGAAGCAUACUUUCUUGCAUUAGCCACCGAUCAGCCCGAUCGAGUGCUUGUUCGAGCUCCCGAGUCCAGCCCACAAAGGGACCGCCAGCGUAUCGCAGACAUCGGCCUCGUAUUGGCUUCGCUAGAGGCUAUGCCGGCUCUUAAUACCGUCGAACUCGUCUACGCACCGGCUGGCACUUCGAAUACGUCUGAGAGCUCUAGCGAGCCGUUGCUUAGUGCGUCUGAGCAAGAAUCGUACUUUGACAUGUUUUGCAAAGGUCUCGUGGCGGUAGGAAAAACCAUACCGCACCUCCAUGAUCUCGCCAAGCUCUUCAACGUCCCCUUCCCCGCACUGUCCGCUCUGGUCAAGGAUCGGACUUCCUAUCACCACGAGAAACGCUGGGCUCCUCGACACAACCCCUGCUUCAAGUCUCUAUGCACGCUGAAGAUCCACGUUGACCCGGACAUGCUGUACCGAGAUUGGUUCUACGAUUUCGGUCUCUGCGAUCUUCUCAUCAAGUCUGCCCCGGCGCUAGACACACUUGACGUCAACGGGAGCCGCCUCGAGUACGAGCAUGACGACGCGAAUCGCCCGCUUUGGCAAGUGUCGGUCCGGUUAGAUGUCGGCCCUUACUGUUUGACAUCGGUGACGCUUCGCAAUGUGCAAAUCAUGGCUUACCACGCGCCUUUUGGCGGGAUCCGGACAAGGACGCUGCGGCAGCUCACGCUCGAGGGUGUCAUGGUUGUGGGAGGGCCUAAAGCGGCUUUCAACAUAAUAGUGCGACUUAAAGGUCUGACUCGGUUAAUUGUACGCGCCGUGUUCGAUUUGCGUCCGAUUGAUGGAGCUUUCCCGUGGGCCUUUGGGACUCUGACCGAGGAGAUGGAGCUGAUGGACUUCUUCUUUUUGGGCGCGCGAGGCUUUGAAGAGGCUCGCGAGAUGUGGCGCAACGGGGAGGUGAAGGUGUCGGACAUCCCUGGCUCGGAGCAGAAUAGGGACUUGAUCGGGUGGAAGUUCGAGGGUGGGGACGUAGCGGCCGGUGCGAGGUUUUUAGCAGAGAAUGGUAGAGUACUGCAGCAGUAGGAAACACAUAUGGCAGCAUUGCUGGCACUCAGGGUUUCCGGCCUACGUGCCUAGCCAAUUACAACUUCUACAGAGAGGGGUUGGGGUACGGUGGCCUACCCUGCCUACCGCUGCCUACUGCUGCCUCUAAUUAGUACUUAUGCCUACGCUCCCUAUGUAGUAUAUAGUCUGCUCGUACGGCUUCACAAAUCAAACAGAGUUCACGUCAAUUUGCAAC